AACUUAAUAUAUAUUUAUAUACUUUUUUAUAAUGAAUUCUUUCCUCCUAAAUUAUUUGCUUAUAUAAUCUUCCAUAACAAGAAAAGUUAGAUAUAAUAAUAAUAUUAGUUAUUGUAUAUGAAAAUUUCUCCUUCUUUCAUGCUUAGGCUGCAGUUCACCUACCGAUAUAAGUAGCUCCCAACCUCAAAAAAAGAAAAAAAACUUAUAAAAGGGUCUAAAGUUGUUUUAUUUUUAUUGUUAUUGUUAUUUUAGUUUCUUUCUUAUUGGAUGAGAUGGGUACUUUGGUAUGAGGUGGGGGGAGCUGUCUUAGCUUAAACUUGGUGCAACUAUAUCAGUUUCUGUCACCUGAUCAGUUUGUAUGGAGAUUUUCCUUUGUAUUUUCUGCUGCCUUGUAGUUUUGCUUCUUCCACCCUGCUUAUGUUUUUUCAUAUGAAUACUUAAAUUCAGUCAAAAGUGUUAAGCAUAUUUAUCUUGAGAACAACAGAAGGCAUUGCUAUCUCUCUUGGUACUUGUAAUAUGGACCUGAUAAUGCAGUAUCUGAUGGAGAGGGUUAGAGCUCUAGUGGGCUCGAAAGGAUGGGAUUAUUGUGUUCUCUGGAAACUAAGUGAAGAUCAAAGGUUUAUUGAGUGGAUGAGAUGUUGUUGUGCUGGGACUGAAAACACACAAAAUGGUGGAGAAGAAGAGCUGAUUUUUCCAGUUUCUCCAGUCCUUCCAUGCAGGGAUACCAUAUGUCAACACCCAAGAGUUAAUUCCUGUGAACUUCUUGCCCAAUUGCCAACUUCAAUGCCUUCAGAUUCAGGAAUUUAUGCACAAACCUUGGUAUCCAAUCAACCCAGCUGGUUAAACUUUUCAACUGUCACAUGCUCACAUGCUCUCGAGGAAUCUAUUGGGACCAGGGUUUUGAUUCCAUUGCCAGUUGCAUUGGUAGAGCUUUUUGUGAAUAAACAGAUAUCAGAAGAUCAGAAUGUGGUAGACUUCAUCACAACUCAAUACAAUAUUUUGAUGGAGCAGGAAGCCCUGAUUAACACAAACAAUAUGGACACAAGCUUUUGUGUCAACAUUAAUGUAAUGAAUGAAAGCCAAUCAAGGCCAUUUUUGGGCAAUGAAACUGACAAAAUGGAUUCCAACAAUAAUCUGCCGGCACCUAAUUCCACAGCAUUUGAGAACCUGAACAUGUCUUAUGAUGUAUCUGUUGAUCGAACUCGUCUAUGCAAUUCCCCAAUGAGCUUGCAGCAAUUUGGUUACAAUUCUGAAAGUAGGACCAGGAACGAUGCUGCCUUUCCUGAAUGUUCUCAUGAUCCAUCGGUACAUCCAGAUAAGCAUUUGGAUUCUUCAAUGGAUGCCAUGCAGCCAUCCAUGAUGAAUGACACAACCAAUACACAUGUGCAAUUUCUGGAACAAGUAACAGAAAACAAGGAGCAGCAUGGUAAUGAAAAGGACUCGAACAAACAGGAAGAAGGAAGAUCAAAUUCAGUCUCGGAUUGUAGUGAUCAGAUUGAUGAUGAGGAUAAUGGAAAGUAUAGGAGAAAAUCAGGAAAAUCAGAUCAGUGCAAGAACCUUUUUGCUGAGAGAAGAAGAAGGAAGAAGCUUAAUGAAAGGCUCUAUACUCUUCGUUCUUUGGUUCCCAAAAUUUCUAAGUUGGACAGGGCCUCCAUACUUGGGGAUGCAAUUGAGUAUGUAAAAGACUUACAGAGUCAGGCAAAAGAGCUUCAAGAUGAGCUAGAGGAGCAAUCAGACAAUGAUGGCCUAAACUCCAACAUUAAUGGUAAAAGAAACAAUGUUCUGUCUGAGACUUUGAGUCGCGACGACACUAAUUUCAGGUCUAGGCCUGAGCAUGAAAAAGUUCAAAAUGAAUUUCAUUUGGAAACAUCAAGGAGUGGAAGCAUCUCAAAGCAGAACCAAGACUCAGAUACAACUAAUGACAAGGCACCACAGAUGGAGCCGCAAGUGGAAGUGGCUCAAAUAGAUGGAAAUGAGUUCUUUGUGAAGGUAUUCUGUGAGCACAAGCCUGGAAGAUUUGUGAGAUUGAUGGAGGCUUUGAAUUCUCUAGCUCUUGAAGUAACUAAUGCCAACGUUACUACAUUUCGAAACCUUGUUUCCAAUGUUCUUAAAGUAGAGAAGGACAGUAAAAUAGUAGUCCAAGCUGAUCACUUGAGAGACUUCUUGCUGGAGCUGACAAGGAAUCCUUCUAGAGGUUUGUCUGAGAUGUCUAAAGUUUCAGAUAAUAGCAGCAGCAUUGACUAUCAGCACCAUCUUCACAACCAGCCCUCUUAUUGAUUUCAUAAUUAAGUUACAGUUCUUGAAAUGAGAUAAGAACUCAAUUCACUUCAAGCUUAAAAACAUAAUGUUUUAAAUGGAAGCAAGAUUUCUACUGAAUAAUCUAUUAAUUUUCAAUAUGUCAUAUAUAUUUAGUACUCUAGUGUAACUCAGCAAAGUGUAUCAGAUUUGAUGCUGAGAAUCUGUUUUUGUUUGGUCCACAGAAAUAGAAAAAGCACAUUAUAUGUUUAAAUGCUUAGUGUGCCACUUGUGCUCUUUGCUAAUAAUCUUGAUCAUUACACAAAAAUUUAUUUCAGACAUACCAAUAAA